GCGCCACAAGAGAGGAAGAGAAGUAUUUUCUUCCGUUCGUAGGAAGCAGAGUCCAGAAAAGGACUAAACUUUAGGGGCGCAAACAUGCCGAUGUUCGUAGUGAACACCAACGUGGCCAAGAGCGAGGUACCGGCGGCUCUGCUGUCCGAGGCGACGGAGGAGCUGGCCAAAGCGAUGGGCAAACCUGCGGAGAAAGUUGUUGUGCAUGUCAACUCUGACCAGAUGAUGAUGUUUGGAGGAAAGGGAGACCCCUGUGCAGUCUGCUCCCUUCACAGCAUCGGCAAGAUAGGCAGUGAUUACAACAAGCAAUACUCUAAGCUCCUGUGUGGACUGCUCAACACACACCUGGGCAUCUCUCCCGACAGGAUCUACAUUAACUUUGUAGACAUGGAUGCAGUCAAUGUGGCCCGAAACAACACUACCAUUGGAUAAAAAUGAGAUAACCCACCGAAAUAGAAGAAAAAUCCAGUAUUGUCCCGAAAGUAUGAGCAUAGAAACAGACGGUGAAGUGAAGAUGCAUAGACAAUUGCAAGGCCAGUAUACUGAAUGGCAAUCUUAUAAGCACUUAGCUGGUUCCUUUAGUUUGGCACUGACCAUUUUUCCCAAUAAAGUGCAAUAAAGAAAACCCUGCAGACCAUAAACUAAUCUCUGUUGUCCUUCAUUGUCUGUCUGACAAGGUAUUUUUUUAUUAAAUUCAACUCCGAAAAACACUUUCCAAUGCACAAGACCAGGCUUCAUCGUGACUUCCCACCCUGAGCCUCUGAACCAUGUGAACUAUUUAUUAAGGAAUAAAUGAAAGAAACCUACUUUUGGCCUAAAGAUAUAAAAGAGAGCUGUCAAUUAUCUACUGUACAGCAUGGACACUUGUCUGUCCCAACUGAAAGCCUAUCGACCUUUGCCUGUCCCAAGUAUUCACAUGUUAUGAAACCAUUGCUUGCCAGGUGUUUGUGGACAAAGCGGGACUGUUAAUAUCCAUACUCAAAUUGAUUUAUAUUACUGAUUUCUUGUUAUCUAUAGGGGAAGUCAGAAUCUUUCUUUUUUUGCAUUGACAUUGCACAAAUAAAAACAAACAAACUAGCCUUACCGUGCCUUUAAUAAAGGGCAUUUUUUCCCCUUAAGUUUCUAUUUAUACUUUAUAUUUCAUUAAGUAUUCUUCCAUGGUUGAGGUGGCUUUUACUGCUGGUGUAUGUGUUUGUAUACAGAAUUUAGUAUUUUAGUAUUCGUAUUUAGUAUUUAGUUAUUAUGUUUUGUGUUUUAUUUUUAUCACUUGUUUGUAUUAAUGGUCUAAUAUGCACUCACUGCUGUGAUCCUGAAAUUUCCCCACUGUGGGACUAAUAAAGGAUUAUCUAUCUAAUCAUU